UCUUUCACGACAGAUCAGAGCGCGGAGAGCCGGAAGCCGUUAGACUCGGGCCUUACUCGGGGAAUGUUUAUCAUUUCAUCCUCAUCAAACCUCCUGCACUAAUUCACCAGCAGCUCUUCACCCUCAUCACAAACUCUACUUACCGGACUACGAUGACGCACGGCACGGAGAUGGUCCCCGAGGUUUCUGCCGCCGCGGGCUUCGUGUGCAGACUGCUGCGGAGCCGCGGACGCUUGAGUGACGCGCAGCUGCACGUUUUCAGAGACUGUCUCGCGCAGGCGCUAUCAGAACACUACCAGCACCACUGGUUCCCCGACAGGCCUCAGAAGGGAUCCGGUUACCGCUGCAUACGGAUCAAUCAUGAAAUGGACCCUCUGAUUGGCCGAGCGGCCGGCCGUAUUGGACUGACCAGCGGGCAGCUUUUCUCUCUCCUGCCGCGUGAGCUGACGCUCUGGGUCGACCCGUACGAAGUGUCCUACCGCAUCGGCGAGGACGGAUCCAUUUGUGUUCUCUAUGAGGUGGAGCCGCCCAUCUCAAGCCACGCCCCCUCGCCAUACGACCAGACGGCGAACUGCAAAAACCGCUUCAUGAUGAGCGGCCGAACAAGUCCGCCGAAAAACUACCUUAUGAUGGUGUCCAGCUGAGCGCGUGAGCGACCGACCAACCGCCGAGAGUUUACCAUUCCCGCCACUUCACGAUUUCACGGCCUGAUCCAUAUCCUUUAUUUAAGAUGAACUUUAAAGCACUGGUUGUUACGCGACUGGACGACUGACUCGAGAGAUAAUUCGGCACUGUGACUCUUGUUUGUUUGUUUAUACGAUCCCAAAACAUGUUUUGGGUGUUUUCCACUGGUGCUCACGCAGGGUUUCAGUGCAAUUACAAUAAUACCUCACGACUCUCACGAGAAUGUAAAGCAAUUAAGGGCCUGAAACGUACUUUUGCGCAAACUUUUCCACAAGUCUACAAAGGUUAUCUUCGUACUCAACGAUGAUGAUUAUAAUAAAAACUAGUUUGCGCUUUAUAGCGCCACCUGCGGUGACUUUGAGAAUGCAACGUAUUUGCAUUCAGUAUGUUGCAGGCCUAAAACUGUGGUGGUGCUGCUAACGACAGAUGUAUACAUCAAAUAUACUUUAAUAUAAUGAACAAGAUUCCCAUAAUCCCCUCUUGCCUUAACCACAGCGCCACCUCUCCCUUAAUAAACGCCACUGCCUGGCUCUUUAAGUCUUACUGUGCAAUAUUCAGGCAAUCCGCUCUUUAAAUCCUCUGGUGAUGUCAUGAAACGAGUCGUGCGGACUGGAGGCUCCUCCGCUGGCGUCUCUGGGGGAAGUGAUCGUGUUUUCCCAGGAUGCUUUGCAUGUGUUGGUUGGUUUGGGGCCGGAGUGGCAGCAGAGACUCUCGUCUGUAGCAUCUCGCGGGCUGCUGAGCAGCUCGUUUACUGUUUUAGAUGUAGUUUGUAAGCUAUUUCAGAGCAGAGUUGCUUUUAAUGUGUUUUUUUUUUUUUUUUCUUAAAUGCAUUUGUGCAGAUAUAGAGCUGUACAGUCAAUUUUUAUUACAAUAAACCUUUUAUGAAUGAAACG